AUGUCUUCACUGCCGGACUGGCGAGAUGAGUAUCUCGCGUCCAUUAAAGAAGCAGAGAAGAACAGUCCCGUCAAUCGGGACCUGGUGGAAGCCUGCUCUCAACUCCAAGACCGAGUUGCUGCCCUUGAGGCGGAGAGGGACGCCCUAAAAGCAUCGGGAGCCUCAGCAGGCCCGUCCGCCUCCGACCCCGCCGCCCAAAGCGGAGACGGUGCGCAGUCGGCGGUCGUCGCGAGGCUCAGGUUUGACCUCGCCGAAGCCCUUGGGACUCAGGAGCGGCUGCAGUCUCGGCUGAGCCUGGCCGAGUCUGAGCUCGAGAGGUUGCGAGCCAAGACGGCCGAGGACGCCAAGACCAUCCGUACUAUCAACGCCCAGUGCGUUUCCUUGAGCACCAAGGUGAAGGAUAGGAACGAGGAGCUGCGGGAGAAGUCCAAGUUGGUCGAGUGCUAG